AUGAACAGGUACAAGGUGAUGAAGCAGCUGGGGGACGGCACUUACGGGACCGUGUGGAAAGCGCUUAACCUGCACACGAACGAAAUUGUGGCGGUGAAGAAGAUGAAGCGCAAGUUCUACUCGUGGGACGAGUGCAUGAGCCUGCGAGAGGUCAAGUCGCUGCGCAAGCUGAACCACCCCAACAUAGUGCGGCUGAAGGAGGUGAUUCGGGAGAACAACGAGCUGUUCUUCAUAUUCGAAUUCAUGGAGUGCAACCUGUACCAUCUCAUGAAGGACAGAGAGACCUACUUUCAAGAGUCCACCGUUCGAAACUGGAUGUACCAGGUGCUGCUGGGCCUGGCGCACAUGCACAAGCACGGCUACUUCCACCGCGACCUCAAGCCAGAGAACCUGCUAGUGACCAAGGACCUGAUUAAAGUUGCAGAUUUUGGCCUGGCACGUGAAAUCAAGUCGCGGCCUCCCUUCACAGACUAUGUGUCCACGCGAUGGUAUAGAGCACCGGAGGUGUUACUUCAGUCAACAGUUUACAACGCCCCAAUAGACAUGUGGGCGAUAGGAGCAAUCAUGGCAGAGCUCUUCACACUCGAGCCGCUAUUCCCUGGAGCAAGUGAGAUUGAUGAGAUUCUCAAGAUCUGCGCUGUGAUCGGCACGCCUACCCCCAGAACAUGGCCCCAAGGCCUCCGCCUUGCAGCUUCCAUGAACUUUCGCUUCCCUGAGUACUCGCCCAUCCCGCUCUCUCAAAUCAUGCCUAUGGCAUCCGAUGAGGCGGUCGACUUGGUCACGGCUCUCUGCUCCUGGGACCCUGCAAGGCGCCCCUCUGCUGCUCAGGCGCUGCAGCAUCCCUUCUUCCUGAGAGCAGCAGUCGACCUGGUCACUGCUCUUUGCUCCUGGGACCCCGCCAGACGCCCCAGUGCUGCUCAGGCGCUGCAACACCCCUUCUUCCUGGCAGUGGGUGUGUGCGGGCGUGAGGUGAGGCAGUGGGUGUGUGGGGCGGCAGAAGGGAGUGACGCUCCCCUACACACCCAAGAAGCCCAAAUCCUCCUCCACGCCUUCUCCUUCCCACUCUGUUUCCUUCUUCCCACUCCUCCCAUCUCCCCUCUUCUCCCAUUCCUCCCUUCUUUUCCCUCCCCUCCCGAGCAGAAGGGACAGAAGGGAGUGACGCUCCCCUACACGCCCAAGAAGCCCAAAUCCUCCUCUUCUUCCGCCGCCACCACCGGUCCUGUCGUCCCCAUCACCACGCCCUCCCAGCUCGCCGCCGCCUCCCACGCUGCCCUCUCCGGCUCUCUCGGUCUCCCCGACCCAGGGCAAACCUUCCUGCAGCCUAUGCCGCGUGCUGUUGCCUCUCCCCUGCAUGGAGCAGGUCCAGGGGCGGGACUGGGGCAGGGGCAAGGUCAAGGGCAAGGGCAGGGGUAUGUGACAGAGCAGCAGCGGCAGCUGCAGCAGCAGCAGGUUCCAGUUCCGAAGCUGUACCAGGCACAGCCGCAGCAACUGCAGCAGCAGCAGCAACUGCAACAGCAGCAGCAACUGCAACAGCAACAGCAACUGCAACAGCAGCAGCAACUUCAGCAGCAGCAGCAGCAGCAGCAGCAGCAGCAGCAGCAGCAGCAGCAGCAGCAGCAGCAGCAGCAGCAGCAGCAGCAGCAGCAGCAGCAGCAGCAGCAGCAGCAGCAGCAGCAGCAGCAGCAGCAGCAGCAGCAGCAGCAGCAGCAGCAGCAGCAGCAGCAGCAGCAGCAGCAGCAGCAGCAGCAGCAGCAGCAGCAGCAGCAGCAGCAGCAGCAGCAGCAGCAGCAGCAGCAGCAGCAGCAGUACCAGCAGCAGCAACCCCAGCAGCAUCUGUUGAGUCCCACGACCCAGCUGAGUCCGAGAAUACAGCAGAGCCCUCUGCAGGACGGCGAACCACUGAGCCCUCACAUGCUCCCCAGCCCCCUCCACGCCCCACUCCCUCAGGCACAGGGGCAGGGGCAGGGGCAGGGAAACCCACCCCGAUCGCCUCUGCGUUCUCCCCUCCACUCGCCCAUGCACUCCCCUGUGCACCCGUCCUUAGAAGGGUCUGGUGUGAGGGCGCUACAAGCCCCUCAGGCUACCCAGCAAUCCCAGCAGGCGCACUACCAGGGGCAGCAGCAGUAUCAGGGGCAGCAAUAUCAGGGGCAGUACCCUCCUCAACAGCAGUACCAGCAACAGCAGCAGCAGCAGCAGCAGUAUCAGCAGCAGCAGUACCAGCAGCAAUACCAGCAGCAAGAGCAGGGGUUUAUGGAACGGGCAGAUGAGGGAGGAGCAGCGGGGGGGUAUGCAGACGGAGGGACAGACGGAACAGGAGCAGGCGGAGGGGGUGGGGGAGGGAAGUCGGAAAGGCGAGGUUUUUUCUCGAGGAAACUGGGUGGGUCGAAGAGUAUUGGCAGGAAUAACGCGCCUGGUGAUGCGAAGGGAGGGGGAGGAGCGGGAGGAGGCGGGGGAGGUGGGGCAGGAGGAGGGGUUAGCAAGCUUGCUUCGUUGCAACGAUACGGAAGCCAAUUACUAGGCAUGACCCGCCAUUCAGCGUCUGCCAACUCAUCAAAUGCGAUCGGCUCCAUAUCCACUCGAUCCGACAAGUCUGUUUCAGCCAGUCAAAGCAACUCUGCAGGAGCAGUGCUCUCUCGCUCGGGCUCCGUGGUCGAGUCUGCCUCUCCACCCGCCUCGCCUCAUCAGCUCGCUGAUAUUGGCAGAAGAGGUACAUACCCAGCCGCCCACACUCAUACCCCCAACGGUGCUGCUGCUGCUGGUGCCAGUAGCGGCAGGUUCUAUGAGGACUAUGGUGACAGUGGUCGAGGGAUGGGGGGAGAUGCUCGGGGAGGAGGUGGCGGCGGUGGUGCUGCUGGUGGUGGGAUGCGGGGUGGGAUGAUGGGUGCAAGUGGGCAAUAUGCUGUGGAGCCUCCAGGGUUCAGGGUUUACUGA